CUCUGCCAGGCUGCCACACCCUUCGUAGGCAAAGUUGAAUCAUGACUCUGUAACAGGACACCAGAGCUGCUCUGCUUUUCACUCUGCACAAGAAAGCUGUGUCCACAAAUACCUUCCAGCUGAAGCAGACUUUUUAGAGCAGGGUUUAAAAGUAAACUCGAUUGAAACUCAGAGAGAGUACACGCUACAGACACCAUGAAGCUCUGUUUGAGGAUUGUUUCCCUCCUUUUUGUUGUUACAGGCACUUUAACACAAGAAGGAUUUGACCUGUCUGACGCUCUCGAUUUCGAUGAUCCAGUAUCACCUACACUUGCAAAGCCCAAAGAGCAACCGAAGGCCCCAGAGAAUCCUAUAAGUGAUGGUGGGCUUGACCUUUCCGAUGCUGUUAAACCAGAUGAGCCCACUAAGCCGCCCAAGAAACCGAGUUCAGGAGGUACUGGUGGCUUUGAUCUGGAGGAUGCUGUGGGUCCAGAUCCCUACCCCAAAACUGACAAACCUGUAGUGAACCCACCAUCCAGUGGAGGAGGUGGAGGAACUUUCAAUGACAACGACUUAUUGGAUGUUAAUGAUAAUGGGUACAAGCCCGAUCCAGGCCACCCAGGAGGAGGUGGUGCCGUGAACCCUAACUACGAUUCUAACGGUGGUGCAGAUGAGCCUCAAGAAGCAGGGUCUGGACAGAUUGCAGGGAUUGCCAGCGCUAUAGGAGUAGCUCUGUUGGGAGCAGCGUCCAGUUACUUCGCCUACCAGAAGAAGAAGCUCUGCUUCAAGAUACAAGGAGGUGUAGAUCCAGAGAGUGGGAAAGGCCAACAUGGUAAUCGGUCUGAUCCUCAAGUUUUCAGCGACCUGCUCAGGACGUCCUAGACACAGCUUCCAAUUCUGCGCAAGACAAGUCAGUGGCCUUCUCUACAAAAUGUGCCUUCAACCAACCUCCGAUCAUCGUUCUAAAGCCUUAUAACACAAACUCAAGGAGCAGUGUGUAGGACUUAAGGUGCACAAUAUUCCCAAACAUGUUUUAUAAUCACUUGACUAAGAAUGUUUUCAUGAGCUUUCAAUGAGCCCUUCAUAUAAGGAGUCUACGUAUCUCCCCGCAAUGAUUCAACCGCUUUCAUCCCGUUUUCUUGUGCCUGAAAGGCCACUGUAGAUCUCUUGUAAAGGGAGGGGUAAGCAACUUGACGCCUCACCACUUGAUGUCCCUAAAUCCCACACACUGCUCCUUUACAUUGCAACUUGAACAGAAAAGACGGCACUCAUCACUCUUCCGGUCACUGCUGUCAUCACUAAGAUGAUAGUGGUUUGUGUUCCUAUGCUCUGGCUGUGUGUUACUACUGAACACAUGAAAUCGUUGUCCUGUUUUAACUACAGUUACAAAUAAGUGUUUGUUUUUGCGGUGUCUACCAUUGUUGUAUUUCCCCAGGUGAUUUUACUCCUACAUUUCGUUGUUAUUUUUAUUUGUGAACACACCUCAGUCUGCCUAAAUACGGGGGAUUUUCAAAUUAAAAUAGGUAUUAAAAUACAGCUCACAAAUGCUGCCCUUAUAUUUAACUUUGAGUCCCUCCCCCUGAUUUAAUAUAUUUUGUUUGGUCUCUUUCUGUCUCAAAGUCUUCCAUUUUUAUUCUACUGCUAAAGAACCCAAUACUUCCUGAUUUUUCAAAAAUAAUAGUCAACCCUCUCAGGACAUAGAUACUUUGAGUCGGGCUUUUGUUGUGAAAUGUUUAUCACAGAAAGCUUUGGUUCCUUAUUGAUGGUAGAUUAACAUAAUUCCAUUAGACUUAAUGACAUUAUUAUUUCUAAAAUGACACUUUUAGUGUACAGAUAUUAAUCUCCAGCUUGUUUUACGUUGUAUGACAUAAUUAUCAUAAAACUGGAUGCAAAUCCAGCAGAAGGAGCUUUAAAUAUGAAAUGCUGAUUGUGAAAUGAGCUCAUUUUUGCUACAUUUUAAGGUCUAAUAAAUGUACACAGUGUAGUGAUGUGGUAAAUGCUUACUAUCUUGUGUAAAUGUAACAUACAGUGGAAGCUUUUUGUUUGUGUUUGGAAAAUUAUUGUCUGUCAUUUGAUUCCUUGAAGUUUUGUCCUCUUUAUGCCUUACAUUGACAAAGAAUCUCAUGUUUAAUAUGAAAGGUGCUACAGAUAAUUAGCAUCAUUAGCUCAUGGUUUGCUAUUACAACCCAUGCUAGCAACAUUACCAGCUGGCUACAUCCUUUACAUAACCACUAUAUAAGGUUUAAUGCUCCCUAUCAAAGACGUGCAGCUUCACGACAAAUCAUAAAACAAGGAGAACUUUUCCUUCUUGAUUUAAGAAAUAAUGUUUAGGAGUCAAUCGCAGACGGAUGAUUUUUUUACAGGCUGUCUAUCUUAUCAGUUUUCCUCAGCAGCCGCUCUGAGGCCGUGUUGAUGCACUUUUUGUGGCAGUUAUGAUAAUCAGAGUCAUGCGUUUUCCUCAGACUCGCCCGUGAGUCAUGCCUUUAUUGCAAAGUAUCAUAAAUCAGAACUAUUGCCUGAGGGGAUUGUUGUUAUGAUGCUGAAAAAUGAGCGUAGUGUGAGCUGUAAACACUGGAGGAUGUGGAUAGGCGCUUUCUGCUGCAGUGUGCUUUCAGCUUUUACACCAGGAUCUACUUUUUUUUUGGGAGGUUUUUGUCAUGUCAUUUCCAAGUUAAGAUCUUAUCCGGGUGUACUACAUGUGAGUUUUUCAAUAAAGUGUUGUACAGUU